AUGGCACCCGCUGCGGAAACCCCCGAGCAUACAAUUGAAGGAGAUGAGGGCGUGAGCGUCGUCGCCUCUGGCCUUGCCAGCAUCGGCCCACCAACUUUCAAAGACCCCAAAGAAGAGCAACAAUAUUUGAAGGGGAGACUAGCCCUGGCAUUCCGCAUCUUUGCAAAGCUUGGGUUCGAUGAGGGCGUCGCGGGCCACAUCACCGUCAGGGAUCCCAUCGAGCCAACGAGUUUCUGGGUGAACCCAUUUGGCGUAGCCUGGCCCCUAUUAAAGGCGUCAGACUUGAUUCGAGUGAACGCUGAGGGCAAGGUUGUUGAAGGCGGCCCCGUCAGGCUUCUCAACAAUGCCGCAUACAUGAUCCACCACGCUGUUCACACAGCACGCCCCGAGGUCAACUGCGUCGCCCAUUCCCACUCCAUCCACGGCCGAGCCUUCGCCGCUCUCGACCGGCCCCUAGACAUCAUCACCCAAGACUCGUGCGCCUUCUACAACGACCUAGCCCUCUACAGCUCGUUUGGGGGCAUUGUUCUCGGGGAGGAAGAGGGCCUCCGCAUCGCGUUUUGGUUCAUGAGCCUCGAGACGUGCUGUAGGGUCCAGCUGAUGGCCGACGCGGCGGCUGCGGGCCGCGGAGGCCAGACUCUCAAGAUUGCGGACGAGGAUGCGGCGUACACGUAUAAAGCCGUGGGGAGCGAAUUGGCCGGGUGGUUUUCGGCCCAGCCGACGUUCCGAGUCAUGGAGUUGGAGAGCGGGUCUGAGUAUGCCGAAUAA